UUUCAUUACCAGCCUACUUUAUCCACCUGCUCUUUAAGCCUCUUUUUACCCCAACCUCAAAGAUAACCUGCCUCCUUUCAGAUGUUGUGCACCGCAACUUCUAAACAGUUCUGGUAAGGGAUUAGAGGAAAUAAAGUCCAAAAAUUGGGAGAGUACCAAAUAUAAUCUAUUCCUUCCCUAAUCUUUUCUUGGUUCUUUAUUUGCUGAACCUCUUUCCCUGUCCCUGUUUUAUUCAUUACACAUAUCUUGCCGGUGCUUGAACAGGGAUAAUUUUUAUUCUGAAUAAUGGAAAGUUGGCUGGCCUUAAAUCCUAUUUAACUAUUUAGAGAAGAUUGUUAUCUAUCUAUCCAUCCAUGUAUCAAAGUAACAUUUCUACUUCAAGACUUAAUAGGUAAAUUAACCUAGGAAAAGAACAUUACUUAUCUGCUCAUGUUCCUUUGUUCCUCAACAUCCUACCUGACCCAGAGUCUCACGUGAACAAUAGCACUUGAGAAAGUGAGGUCACCAGACUUCUGGGUCAGGACGGAGAUGUUCUUCCUAAGGAAGAGGCAGUUUUAGCCUGCUGAGUUAGGGAAUGAUUUUCGGAGAAGAGGCGAAGCUUUCAUUGUCAUAUAGGGAAGACAACUGUCAAAUUCUGGCAUUUCCCAAAUUUUGAAAUGAAUGUGCCUGGGUUAGGACUGCGAGGCGAUUUAACAAAUCGGUUUUUUUUUCAGAGCAGCUUUCCCUACUGCUUCCAUCUAGGCAUCUCUGGAAGGGGGGAAACGGAGUAUGUUUCUUAGGGCACUUUUCACAUUUCCCGGGGACUGUCUCUCCCCCCCCCCUUCCACGUGGUCGAGGUCGACCGACAGUCGAGUGGCGCAGCGGUUACGCAUCAGCCCCUCGGUUCUAGUCCGACGCCGGCGCGCCUCCGAGGCCCCACGCAGCCCUGCAUCCACUCGCUUCGCGCUCUCGCUCUCCUCCCGAAAUGUUUUAUUUAACAUGCUGUACCGGAAGGAGAAGCCAUCUUCCCUCUCCUCAGCCCUGAGCCGCCGUCGCCGCCACCGCUGCCAUUCGGGCUGUCGUGCGCCCCAGCCCCCGGAUCUCGGGGGCGGUGGGAGGAGGAGAGGCGUGGGGAGUCGGUUGGCAACCCCGGACGGCUGGGGGCGCCCUGGGACUGAAGCCUAGCGCCCGCCGGGACCGGCUGCAUAAAGAGCCGAGGGGAAGAGGGCUCCGCAUCUCAGACGCUGCCCGGAGCUCCCCUCCCUGCGCGCGCACACACACGCACAACCCGAUCCCGGCAGGAGAGGGUGGCAGCGGCCGCCUGGCGGGGCAGGGGAAGACCAGGUCGAGAGCGCAGGGAUGCGACUCCUCCAGCCCGGCGGCGCGGCUGCAGUUGGGGCUGCAGCAGGGAGCGGAGCUACCGGUAGCGCUGCAGACAAAAGAACCGCCUGCGCCUGCUGCUGCCCAGCCAGCUCCCGAGGGGAGGAGGAGGAGGAGGAGAGCGGGCCCUGUCGCUGGGGCUGCAGGUCCUGAAGCGGAGGAGCCGCCUCCCCGCCGCUCCGGCGGCCGGCAGAAAGGGAAGCUCGCGAAGGAAAGGCGCAGCCCGCCGUUGCAGCGCGUCUGCUGAGUCCUCCUCCUCGUCGUCCUCCUCCCUCUCCUCUCGCCUCCCUCCCUCCCCGGAUCCUCCGCGUAGCCGAUUGCAGGCCCUGAUCGCCGGAAAGCUCUCCCUUGGCUCGCCUCGCUUUACAAUGGCCCGAGGAAAUCCGGACGCCGGAGCCCAGCUUAGGGGCCAAGAGGGACUUUUCCAGCUCGCCGAAUCCUAGCGGACGGCAAACCGCCCGCCUCGGAAAGAGGGGGAGCGCGGCUUCUGUCCCAGCCUAGCAGUCCUCCCGCAACACCUGGACCUCGCGCCAGGACGACUGCCCAACUCUCUCCCUCCCCCCCCGCCCUCAUCGCCCACCCCGGCGGGACCCGGAGUUGUAGAAUUCCGACCUCUCGAUUAACCCUUCGCUGUCCGCGCCCAAAGCUCUGUCUCUCCGUCAUAGCGGGCUGCAAUCUCCCCCUCCCCAUUUCCUCCUGCCCUUCAUCCAUCUCUGCCCCCCCCCGACACCUGUAAACGCGCAGCUUGCCUUUUCCCUUCGCGACGAGAUGUGGGCUGCGAGUCUCGCUCCUGACGUCCCCCCGUCUUCCACCUGCCGGGCGCUUUCCCGAUCUUCUCCGUUCCCGGAUGCUAGGCAGGGGCGCAGCUAGACGGCGGCGUCCCGCACCCCACCUCUCCGUGGCUCUCCCCCCUCCCCAUCCCGAAAGGUACACGCUGCUGCCGCCGUCGAGAAAGGUAAAUGAUGUUCAAGUACCGGAUCCGCAUGUUUUUCAACGAGCUGAAGCUGCUGGUGUUGAUGCGGCGGGGCCGCCCGGAGCCCGAACCUGGAGCUGGGGGAAGCCGGGGAGCGCUGGGCGGCAGUGGCUGCGGAUGGCCGCCCUUCGCCGAUUGCUCGGUCCAGCAGGACGAUGAAGCGGAGUAUUACGGCGGAGGAGGCGCCGAGACGCGGCCCCGGAGCCUGGCCUUGGAGGAGAAGGACCCUCGCCUUCAGCCUCCGGGGCACCAGCCGGGGCAUCAACCCACCGCGGGUGGGGCCGGAGGAGCUUUGGACUCAGUAUCGCUCAGCAGCAGCUUGGAUAGUGGGAUGAGGACCCCGCAGUGCCGGAUUUGCUUCCAGGGACCAGAGCAGGGGGAGCUGCUCAGCCCCUGUCGUUGUGAUGGUUCUGUCCGUUGUACCCACCAGCCUUGCUUGAUUCGCUGGAUCAGUGAGAGGGGCUCCUGGAGCUGUGAGCUGUGCUACUUCAAGUACCAGGUCUUAGCCAUUAGCACAAAGAAUCCGUUGCAGUGGCAGGCAAUUUCCCUGACGGUGAUUGAAAAAGUGCAAAUUGCAGCCAUCAUCCUGGGUUCCCUCUUCCUCAUUGCCAGCAUCUCCUGGCUGAUUUGGUCGUCACUCAGCCCCUCGGCCAAGUGGCAACGGCAGGACCUGCUCUUCCAGAUCUGCUAUGGGAUGUACGGUUUUAUGGAUAUCGUCUGCAUAGGCCUGAUCACUCAUGAAGGCUCCUCGGUGUAUCGAAUAUUCAAGCGCUGGCAGGCAGUGAACCAGCAAUGGAAGGUGCUGAAUUACGACAAAGCCAAGGACCUGGGGGACCCCCUUGGCGGGAGCACAAAGCCAGGGGGUCGGAAUUCACGGACGAAUCCCUCCUCAGGGAGUGAGAGGACCUCCCAGCGGGGCCAGCGAGUUAGGACUAUUUUGAACCAUCACUGUGGUUAUACAAUUCUGCACAUUCUCAGCCACCUGCGGCCUAAUGAACAUCGUGGGGGCUCCGGUUCCAGCCGUGAAGUGGUCAUGAGGGUGACGACCGUAUAAUAACCGCUUGGGGAGCUUUUGUCAAGAAGGAGAGGCUCUGCAGAUCUGAUGGAAGGAAGACACCGAUGCCCUCCGCUCCCGCACACAGGCUCCCUUCUGAGCCCUCACGGGGUUGGCCACACAUUGAAUACUGUCUGAUGGAAGAAGGCACCCAGCUCUGUGGCAUUGCUGCAGACCCCACCCAAGCCUUCCUUGUAAGGGGGGAGCGCCUCAGUGUGGUUUCCUCUUCCUGAUCUCCCAUCAAUGUGAAUUCUUUUCCUUUCCAUCCAGGCCUAUGAUGAAAAGGGAGACAGCCCACCCCACCCCACCCCAGCCCUCCUGACGCCAUCUCCCUGGCUUUUCUUGUUAUGAUUAAACUCUUUGGAAGUUGGGUGGGCUUUUAUUUAUUUUAUUUAUUUUAAAAUGGCCCCUUGCUGGGUCCCUUUCUGGACAAGUCUUGGCGCCAACCCAUCCAGAAAUUUGGAAACAUUUUUACCUCAUCUUUCAAAGGAAAUCCUGCCAGAAGAACCACGCCUUGCCACCCUCAUCCCGUUGCUCUCUUUCUCUCUGACCAGGAGAUGCCAACCAGAGAGGCUCUGAACUUUGACCAUCCCCUUCCCAAAAAAUAAAUUUGAAAAAAAUGGUGCAAUAAACAUGUUUCUUAAAGCAAAAUGGCAUCUUGCAAUAAGGUUGCUGCACAUUUCAUCUUUAAUUUACUGCAUGAAAGUCUGUUUUU